AUGAGGGGACUCGUAAUAGGCGAGUUUCAGCUCUUGGUCGAUUUCUUCGACCCGUACUCGAGCCUGACUGCCUUUCGAACUCGAACGAGAACGCCUCUUUCUUUGUUUCUUUCGUUUGUUAGGUUAAUUUCUCUCUCUCUUUCUCUCUUCCCCUUUCUGUCAGUGGAACGAAGCAGAAGUCUCGUCCUCCGGAUACAAACACCUCGCGACGUGCAGUGCGCGGUGGCCGGUACGCGACUAAAGGCUGGGCAGCUUGCCUUGCGGGUCGGUCGAUCGUAUCUUCUCGACGUUGUCUGUUUUCUGUGUCGGUAUAUUGCUGGUGACAAAGCGAACAAUUUAAGGGUUGCUAACGCGUCUAGAAAGCACAGCACCUUCACGUGUACAGCAGCAUGUAUUACGAAAACAACAAUGAGUAGAAGGACGUGCGAAUCACGUGGACAACGAGAGAGAUUUGCUGGUUGUAUGGUGCACCGUAUACGUAAAUUUUUCAUAGAUUUAUCUUUGUGAAGCUUGAUAGAAGGGGAAAUUCGCGAAGCGACCGAGUGUCUCGAAAGAACAUGUAAAAUUAUAUUGGGAAAGGCUCGCGGUCUUUAACCCAUUUCUUCAGGGCCACCUUCUUGAUGAAAUCUGUAGGUGUACGUACGAUGUAAACAUCCAAAAUGGGAAAUUACAGUUAAUAAUAAUAAUAAUUUUAUUGAAUUUUUUUUCAUUAAAUUAUAUCUAAUCGAUGUGAC